AUGUCGACCGAGACCUACGCUUUCAAUGCAGAUAUUCAACAGUUGAUGUCCUUGAUCAUCAACACUUUUUACUCCAACAAAGAAGUGUUCUUGAGAGAGCUCAUUUCUAACAGCUCAGACGCCUUAGACAAGAUAAGGUUCAUAUCUCUUACAAACCAUGAAGUCCUUUCCACUGAAGGUAGCCUUGCUAUCAAAGUUGUCCCAGACAAGACCAACAACACACUUACGAUCAUUGACACUGGGAUUGGGAUGACAAAGGAAGAAAUGGUCAAGAACUUAGGAACUAUUGCCAAGUCAGGCACCAAGGCUUUUAUGGAAGCUUUAAGCUCAGGUGCUGAUAUCAGCAUGAUUGGACAGUUCGGUGUCGGUUUUUACUCAGCAUUCCUUGUAGCUGAUAAGGUCACUGUGAUUAGUAAAAAUAACGAUGAUCAGCAAUAUGUUUGGGAAUCCACAGCUGGCGGUACUUUCAAUAUAUCUUUAGAUGAAAAUCCAAACUCUGAAAGACUUACUAGAGGUACAAAGGUUAUUUUGACACUUAAAGAGGACCAAUUGGAGUUCUUAGAAGAAAAGAAGCUUAAAGAGCUUAUUAAGAAGCACUCACAAUUCAUUGGAUUCCCUAUUGAACUUUAUGUAGAAAAGACUAAGGAAAAAGAAGUCAGUGAAAGUGAAGAUGAAGAAGAAGAGAAAAAAGAAGAAGGAGAAAAACCUAAGAUUGAAGAAGUCACUGAGGAAGAAGAAAAGGAAAAGAAAAAGAAAAAAACCAAGAAAAUAAAAGAAGUUUCUCACGAAUACGAACAAGUCAACAAAACCAAGCCACUCUGGAUGAGAGCUCCAGAAUCCAUCACAAAAGAAGAAUACGGCGCUUUUUACAAAUCCCUCACUAACGACUGGGAAGAUCACCUCGCUGUGAAACACUUCACAGUUGAAGGCCAGCUCGAGUUUAAAGCCAUUCUUUUUGUUCCAAAAAGAGCUCCUUUCGACCAAUUUGAAACCAGAAAGAAACGCAACAACAUCAAGCUUUACGUCAGAAGAGUUUUCAUCAUGGACGAUUGUGACGAGUUGAUCCCAGAGUUCUUAUCCUUCAUCAAAGGUGUUGUGGAUUCCGAAGACUUGCCUCUUAACAUUUCCAGAGAAACUCUCCAACAAAAUAAAAUUCUGUCAGUCAUCAAGAAGACUCUAGUCAAAAAAUGUCUUGAGCUUUUCAACGAAAUUGCAGCUAAUGAAGAGGAUUACAAGAAGUUCUAUGAACAGUUCUCAAAGAACUUGAAACUUGGAAUUCACGAAGAUACUACCAAUAGAACCAAAAUCGCUGAAUUGUUGAGAUAUCAUACAAGCAAGUCUGGAGACGAUAUGAUUUCAUUGAAAGAAUACGUAUCCAGAAUGAAAGAAGGACAAAAAGAUAUUUACUAUAUCACAGGUGAAUCAAGGCAAUCAGUUGCAAAUUCCCCAUUCAUUGAAGCUUUGAAGAAGAAAAACUACGAAGUCAUCUAUAUGGUUGACCCUAUUGAUGAAUACGCAGUUCAGCAGCUUAAAGAGUUCGACGGAAAGAAACUGAAAAGCAUUACAAAGGAAGGCCUUGAAUUAGACCAGUCUGAGGAAGAGAAGAAAGCUUUUGAAGAAUCAAAAGCUCAAUUCGAAGGCCUCUGCAAAUUAAUUAAAGAUGUCUUAGGUGACAAAGUUGAAAAAGUUAUGGUUGGAAGCAGAAUUUCUGAUUCCCCAUGCGUCUUAGUCACUGGAGAGUAUGGAUGGACUGCUAACAUGGAAAGAAUUAUGAAAGCCCAAGCACUUAGAGACUCUUCCACAAGUGCUUAUAUGCAAUCAAAGAAGACCAUGGAAAUCAAUCCAAAGCACCCAAUUGUCAUCAAACUCAAAGCAAAGAGCGACGAAGACAAAUCAGAUAAGACUGUAAAGGAUCUCAUAUGGUUACUUUAUGAGACUUCUCUUUUGACGUCUGGGUUCAGCCUUGAAGAACCAAAUGUAUUUUCUAACAGAAUUCACAGAAUGAUUAAGCUUGGGCUAAGCAUUGAAGAUGAAGAGGAAGAAAGUGCUGCCGUUGAAGAAGAUUUGCCUCCACUAGAAGGGCCAGCUUCCAAUAUGGAUGAAGUAGACUAA